UCCCCCAAAACAAGCUAGGAUGACUUGACUUCAUGACUUCCCAAGUAUUUAUUAUAUCUCCACACUUACACGGGCAAAACUCUAAGAAAACCAAACCCAAUUGAGUUUUCUGUCAGAAACAUACAACCAAGACAGCAUUAGAAGCUGAGAGAGCUUGCCAAGGAAUUGAAGUUACUGUUCUUUUUUUGGGUGUUUCAAGAGCUUUGGAAAAAUGGAGUGAGAGAGAUUUAUAAUAUUAGUUUCUGGGUUUCUUAGAUUGGUCAUCAUUUGUUGGAUGAUGAUGGAUUCAUGGAGUAAUCAAUGGUGUUAUUCUUAUCAUUCAAGCACAAGAAGACAAUAUACACAAAGACAGUAUGCAGAUGAUUUUUUAGCUAAACAGAAAACACAAGGAAGUUUCUCAAGGAUGGAAUUUAGCACCAGCAGUUUGCUUAACAAGAUCUCAAUUCUUUUAUGUACUCUUCUUGUUGUUAGCUCUUCGCUUUUUCCCGUCGAAUCAUCGGAUACCAAUCAAACCUUCAAGCCACAAAAGGAAUUACACAAGUUGAGAUUCAUAAGAGCUCAUCUCCAGAAGAUUAACAAGCCUGCUGUCAAGACAAUUCAGAGUCCAGAUGGUGAUAUCAUAGAUUGUGUUCUAUCUAAUCAGCAACCAGCUUUUGAUCAUCCACUAUUAGAAGGAAAAACACCAUUGGAUCCACCAGAGAGGCCAAAAGGGCAUAACCCAGCAGGAAUGAUGUCUGAAAAUUUUCAGUUGUGGAGUUUUUCUGGUGAAUCAUGUCCAGAAGGGACAAUUCCAAUUAGGAGAACAACAGAACAUGACAUGUUGAGAGCAAGUUCUGUCCGAACAUUUGGGAGGAAGUUAAGAAAACAUGUUAGAAGAGACACAAACAACAAUGGCCAUGAGCAUGCAGUUGGGUAUGUCUCUGGAGAGCAAUUCUAUGGAGCAAAAGCAAGUAUAAAUGUGUGGGCACCUCUAGUCUCUAAUCAAUAUGAAUUCAGCUUAUCACAGAUGUGGGUCAUCUCUGGUUCAUUUGGUGAUGAUCUUAACACCAUUGAAGCUGGUUGGCAGGUUAGUCCAGAACUAUAUGGUGACGGCUACCCCAGAUUCUUUACUUAUUGGACUAACGAUGCGUAUCAAGCAACUGGAUGUUACAAUCUGCUAUGUUCAGGGUUUGUCCAAACCAACAACAGAAUUGCUAUUGGUGCAGCAAUCUCUCCAACCUCAGCUUACAAUGGUGGACAAUUCGACAUUAGCAUAUUGGUUUGGAAGGAUCCAAAGCAUGGAAAUUGGUGGCUAGAAUUUGGAUCUGGGGUUCUGGUUGGGUAUUGGCCAUCAUUCUUGUUUACCCACUUGAGGGAUCAUGCAAGUAUGGUGCAAUUUGGUGGAGAAGUUGUGAAUUCAGAGCAAUCAGGGUCUCACACUUCAACACAAAUGGGGAGUGGACAUUUUGCAGGAGAAGGGUUUGGAAAAGCAUCAUAUUUUAGAAAUCUACAGGUUGUUGAUUGGGACAAUAAUCUAAUCCCAUUAUCAAAUCUUAAGGUUUUGGCUGAUCAUCCCAGUUGUUAUGACAUACAAGGAGGCAUCAAUAGCGUUUGGGGCAAUUACUUUUACUAUGGAGGACCAGGAAGAAAUGUGAAUUGUCCCUAAUGGGAUCAGUACAGAUUACAGAAUAGUUUUUCUUUUCUUUCUUUUUUUCUUGAUUUUCUUGUUGGGUUUCCAAUUGGCUGCUUAUGGGUUGGGUUAUUCUUAUAGUUAUUUUCUAAGUUAAUCCUUCUUUCUUUCUUUUUUCAAAACUAACAGAUGUAAAUUUAGGGAUCCAAAAGAAAUAGUCAAAUAUAAAUACUUUUGUUUGUGAUUUUUAUUUAUCACAGGCUAUAUAUACA